UGUUGAUGACAUUUCAUUCAAAUGAACUAGGAAUAGCAGUGUCAACUUUAAUAGCUACCUCAGCAAACGUGAGAGAAGAAGGCUAGCUUUAAAACUUAUUUAUUUAGCUUCUUUUCUGAUAUAAUCCAUUUCAUUUCAUUCUGUGAGGACAAUGUGGCUCGAGGAAGAAGACAUGGACACAUCAGACAUCCCGUGGUCUUGGUAUUACCUGGCAGACUGUGGAAGGUGGCACAGGUUUGAGGAUGACCCUGAUCACCCCUGUAGGAGUGAGGAUAUCGAACAGUACUACCAAAGAAACUCAAAAGGGGUUUUAAACGUGUCAUCUCCAGGUUGUCAGAGGAAGAUUGAUUUCUCAGCAAUGUUACAGACUGACCUCAACACGGGAAGGCAGAGAAGAAUCAAACGGGGCUACAACGUUGAGAGAAGUUGCUCCUGCUUCGGUGCUCCCCCUGUGUUCUGGGAACAUGUGGAUCCCACCUGUCCGUAUCAGUUAAUCCCUCUGAACGAGCUCACCCCUGAGUAUCAGACUGUGGCAGAUUAUGUGAAGAAUGAUGGGCUGUUGGACAAAUCCAUCAUCUCAAUCAGCAGGAUACAGAAUAUGGACCUAUGGGAACUGUAUUGCAGGAAAAAGAAACAGCUGAUGAGAAUUCAAGGCGUCAGAGACAUUCAGGAGAGGAGACUCUUUCAUGGGACCGAGAUCCAAAAUGUUGAAAACAUUUGCAAGUAUAACUUUGAUUUACGGUUAGCGGGACAACACGGCCACAUAUAUGGUAAAGGAAUAUAUUUUGCAAAACAUGCCUCAUAUGCGGACAAAUACAGCAAGGGCAGCGUGGAUCCGUUGAAGCUGUAUGGCGGGCAAACGCGGGGUGGUCACGGUGAAUACACUAAAGUAGUAUUUUUGGCACGAGUGAUGAUUGGAAAAUCCAAAGUUGGAAAAAAGGAGUUCAAGAAACCUGAUCAUCAAAGUUCUGAAAACACUCACGACAGCUGUGUGGAUGAUGUCAGAUGUCCCACUAUUUUUGUUAUUUUUGAUCCAAAUCAAAUCUAUCCCGAGUACUUGGUUCAGUACAAAUGACGUCAAGAGAAGAUGCUAAGCAUGUGCAAGCAUCAACAUGUCUACCUCAAACUGGGAGAACACUAUUUCCAUCCUAACUUUUAUUGGCUUUGGUGAUGGGUUUUUGUUUUUCACUACGUUUUUAAAAAAGGAGCUAGGUUAUGAAUAAAAAGCUAUGUUUACAUACAUUUAGCUAUUUUAAAAAUGAAGUGAUCUUUUAAUAGUCUUAGUAGUAUUUAUUAAUUAAUAGUAAUAGUAUAAUAGUAAAAAAAAACUUAAUAGUAUUUUACUAUUGGAAGUGCUGUUUCUAAAAUGCAAUCUACACGUGGACCUGUUUACAAUAUUUAUGACCAAAUAUACAGAUUCUCUUUGAUAAGUUUCAUUAAUAAAUUUACUGGUAGGACUAAACCAAA